AUGCUGUCCGGACUCGUCAUGCCCAUCUACGCCUUCCUUUAUGCCGAAAUUUUCAAUACAUUUACUCUAACUGGAGAGGAGCUGAGAAGAUCUGCGGCUUUUUGGUCUCUCAUGUUCGUGGCGUUGGCAGUCCUCGGUGGCAUCGGGGCCAUGAUCAGGGUUGCAAGUCAAGCAAUCCAAAACAUCAGAACUGUUCAGGCUUUGAACAGAGAAAGAACAUUCUUCAUAAAAUACAUCAACCAGCUGCUGGAGCCGUUCAGAGAAGCCAAAAAGCAGGCAUAUGUCUAUGGCUUGGUUUACUCAUUUUCCCAAGGUGUGAUUUUCUUGAUUUAUGCUGGAGCUUUCCGACUUGGAGCAUAUCUUGUUUCCAUUGAAGACAUGUCUCCAACCAACGUUUACAGAGUGUUUUUUGCAAUUGCAUUUUGUGCAAUAUCUGUUGGGCAGAUGAAUUCCUAUAUUUCUGAGUACUCCAAAGCCAAAUUAUCUGCUGGACUCUUGAUUGGUUUGAUCAAAAGGAGGCCAGAAAUUGAUUCCUACUCAAGUUAUGGAGUCUUUCAACCUGUGAAAGGGAAAGUGGGAUUCAGAGACGUUCACUUUUCCUACCCACAAAGAGCACAAGUGCCUGUUCUUCAGGGACUCUCAGCCACUGUUUCCCCAGGACAAACUCUGGCUGUUGUGGGACCAAGUGGUUGUGGUAAAUCCACAGUUAUUUCCCUCAUCCAAAGGUUUUAUGACCCUCUUAGGGGUCAAGUG